UUUGCCUCUACGCUCCUCAAAAACAGAGUAUUCAUAUCAACCAAGAACACGCAAUAGAGCGAGAGAGAGACAGAAUAACUGGUGGCAGAUGGCUCGGAGUUCCAUGAGAAUGAAAUGGGUCUCCAUUUUCGUGAUUUUCCUUCCUCGUUUGGUUUUGAGAGCCAUGGCAGAUGAUGGAUUGGUGCCGAACGGGGAUUUCGAGACGUCUCCAUCGAACGGCUUUCCGAGCGAGGCCAUAGCGGAGGGCCCCACCGAGAUACCGAUCUGGACGUCGACGGGGACGGUGGAGCUAGUGCGGUCGGGGCAAAAGCAGGGUGGGAUGAUCCUCAUCGUACCGCAAGGUAGGCACGCGGCGAGGCUUGGCAACGACGCUGAGAUCAAGCAGGAUCUAACGGUGGAGAAGGGCUCCAUCUACUCCGUCACCUUCAGUGCGGCUCGCACGUGCGCUCAGCUUGAGUCGCUCAACGUGUCCGUGCCACCAGCAUCACAGACCAUAGACCUGCAGACACUGUACAACAUCCAAGGGUGGGACCCUUACGCCUGGGCCUUCAGCGCCGAAGGGGAUAAGGUUAGUUUGGCGUUCAAGAAUCCCGGCAUGGAGGAUGACCCCACGUGUGGGCCCAUCAUUGAUAACGUUGCUGUUAAGAAGCUCUUCACUCCUGAUAAGCCCAAAGAAAAUGCAGUAAUCAAUGGCGACUUUGAAGAAGGUCCGUGGAUGUUCAGAAACACAUCCCUGGGAGUAUUGCUCCCCACGAACCUGGACGAAGAAACAUCUUCCCUACCCGGUUGGGUGGUGGAGUCGAACCGGGCGGUCCGAUACAUUGAUUCGGAUCACUACUCGGUCCCACAGGGGAGGAGAGCCGUUGAGCUUGUGUCAGGAAAGGAAGGCAUAAUAUCUCAAAUGGUUGAGACAACACCGAAGAAAGACUACAGACUGAGCUUCCUGUUGGGUCAUGCCAAUGACAAGUGCAAGCAGCCUCUUGCUGUUAUGGCCUUUGCUGGCGAUCAGGCUCAGAACAUUCAUUACACCCCAAAUUCAAACUCUACUUUCCAAAGUGCAAACCUCAAUUUCACGGCCAAGGCUGAGAGGACCCGAAUUGCCUUCUAUAGCAUCUAUUAUAAUACCAGGAGUGAUGAUAUGAGCUCUCUUUGUGGGCCCGUGGUCGACGAUGUCAGGGUCUGGUUUUCUGGGUCCACAAGAAAUGGGCUGGGCUUGGUAAAGCUUGGGCUCUCAAUUUUGGGCUUACUUUGGGUUCUGGCAUGAAGGGAUGGGUUGGGGUUUGGUUUAAGUAAGAAACUUGGCAAUGUAACAUGCUUUGUUGGCUUUUAGAGUUGGGAGGUAAUAGUAAAGUCCCACGCCAAUGUGUUGUACGUGAAUGUCGUAUUUAGUUUAUUGUAUUUACCAAGAGAAAUGAAAUGUAUUGGCCUUUACUUUAUGCUAUAGUUUUGUUUUGUCUA